CAAUCUUGAACAUUUUUUGUUGUUUUGUGAAGGAAAAUUGUCUCAAGUAUCCAUGUGUGCACAUAUAUGUGUUAUGUUGUGUGUGCGUGGUGAUUUGUGUUAAAUGCUGAUAGAAAGAAAUUAAAAAUCAGGUAUAUUUUAACAAUGAAACUUUCAUAAAUGAGAAGAAACGCAGUGUUUGGUGUUAUCAAGUGCUAGUGAAUCCGUCGGGAGGCGGUAAUCGUUCAAGUUGGCGAAGGCACGUAGGGGUAUGAUUAAGGAGAAGGAGAAGGGCGGCGGCGCCCGCCUCAAGGACGAGCCCAGCGACUCCGCUGAGCCUGGCCACGGCUCCCGCCCGCCAUCAGCGUCGCUGCCGACCCCGGCGGCGCUGAAGAAGGAGCCCGACGAGCCGGCACACAGGGUCAAAAUGGAGCCCCACUCACAGGAGGACUCUGGUGGGGACUUGGGGGUCGACGGGAUCAAGACUGAGAUCGAUGGCCUCAUGGACAACGAUGGUGACCCAACGAAGUCUCCGUCGUGCGACAUGCCCGGGCCAGGGUCUCUCAAGUCCGAGAGGCUCUCAUCAGACUCCAACGAUAUCUUAGACCCGCAGACCGGGCUGCGAGGAUCAUCUGGAAAUAUGCAGGACGGCAACCAAAAUUGCCGCAACCCGAAUGGGCCGGACAUGGGCUCGUGCCGUAUGGGCGGCGGCGGGCCCAUGGGCCCCGGGGUGUCCAUGGGCAUGUCCAGCGAAGCGCAGACGCUGCCGUCGAAUGUCAUCAGCAAGCAGGCCGGCAGUAUGGAGCAGAGCCAAAUCUUCGUGUUCUCAACGAUAAUGGCCAACAAGGGAGCCGAGUCUGUGAUCUCCGGACAGCACCACUCCAUCAUCGCCUACCACUGCGCGCAGCCGGGUACUAAGAAAUAUCUCGAGAAACACCCACUAAAAAUGGGCCAGUUCAACAAGCAGAGCCCAGCGCAAUGGCUCAACAACCUCGCCAUGGCUAAGACCCGAGGCGGCAUGCGCGGCGGGCCCAACAUGAUGGGGCCGGGGGGGCCGAACCAGAUGGGCCACAUGAUGGGCCCCGGCGGGCCCAUGGGGCCGAUGGGCAUGGGGCACAUGGGGCCCAACAUGAUGGGCGGCCCGGCCAGGAUGGGCGGGCCUGGGAAUCAAAUGAUGAUGAUGAAGGGCCAAAUGGGUCAGAUGGGGCAGAUGGGACCCAUGGAUGGGUUUCCAGGGGGCACCCCGUCCUGCGGUGUCAUGGACGGCCUCGGUGCUGAUGGUGAAAUUCCCUGGGACACCAAAAACCCCUCCGUAAUGUCAAACGGCAUGUCAAACGGACCAGGCGCGUGCGCUGAGCCUCCCGAGCCGCCCUCCAGCCAGGCCGACACUCCCUCCUCGCAGGCAGACUGCCAGGGCGGGCCUAAGGGUGUUAAAAUUCCAGACGAGAACCUAACACCGCAGCAGCGCGCCCACCGCGAGGAACAGCUGGCCACCAUCAGGAAGAUGCACCAGAUCCUCUUCCCCGAGAACCCCCCCAACCCCAACCAGCCCGGGGACCCCUCCCAGCCCUCCCCGGACAUCAACCCGCCAAACUCCAGCGCCAACAUGAACAUACCCUUCCCACCCAUGUCCAUGGGCCCCAACGGACCCAUGGGCUCCGGACCCAUGUCAACCAUGUCCAACUCCGGCCCCUCCUGCACCAUGUCCGGCCCUAUGGGCAUGGGUCCCAUGGGCCCCAACGGCCCCAUGAUGGGCAUGGGGCCGGGCAUGAUGUCCCACGGCAACAUGGGGCCGAAUGGAAUGAUGGGGCCGAACGGGCCUAUGAUGCCGGGGAUGGGGCCGAGCGGCCCGAUGGGGCCGAUGUGCGGGAUGAAAGGCAUCAGGGGUCCGUGCGGCGGGCCGGAUAUGAAGAGCGGCAUGUGCGGUGACAUGCACAUGGGCAGAGGUUGCGGCGGCCCUAUGGGGCGUAUGCCUAAUCCUAUGGGCGGAAUGGGCGGCCCCAAGCCCUGUAUGAUGGGGGGACCCCACAUGGGGCCCAGAAUGAUGCCGGGACCCAACAUCAACGCUAUGAACGGUGGUAUAAUGAUGGACGGAAUGAUGAUGGGACACGGAGACUGCGGCCCUGAGCACCACGGGAUGCCAAAUGGGCCACAGUGCGACGAAUACGGCAGGAGAAACAUGGGUCCAGGUGACCCCGGUGGGCCCGGUGGGCCCGGAGGCCCCGGUGGCCCAGGUGGGCCGGGGGGGCUGCACAAGGCCGGGCUGCGCAGCCCCAAGAGCCCCGCCACCACCGGCGACAUUGACUGGCAGAAGAUACACCACCAGUUCUUCGACGACCCCAAGUCCAUGGACACUGACUUGAGCACGCAAGUGAAGUCGCCGUGCUCGGAGCGAGGCGGCUGCCUGCCGCCGCCGCCCUACGGCGCCUCCCCACUACACCGCUCUGCCUCAGUGCCUAUAGCCACGCAGUCCCCCGGGCACGGCGGCGUGCAGAUGCCGAUGUCGGCCGAGGCCUCCCGCGCCGGCUCCGGGCUCAACAGCCCCGCGCACUGCAAGCCCCAGGCCAAGCAGGACCCCCCAGAGAUACUAGAAAAGUUGGACGAUGGCGUGUUUGUGCGAACGCUGCAAUGCCUGGCCGCGCAGCAGCAGAAGAACCAGCAGGGGGCGGACGCGAGGGCGAACAAGGAGCCCAGCCUGAUGCCCGUGCCGUCGCCACAGCAAAUAUCCUAUCUCAACCAGUUCGAAGGGCAAGAGUUGACGAUACAGAAGCAGCCCAAUACGUCGUUGAAAGACAACGGGCCUCCGUCGAACAGCGGCGGACAGACGCCGCAGUCUAGCUCGAAUCAGAAAUCACCCGCUGGGAUGAUGCCCGGCACGCCGGAACCUCACUCGUCACUCUCGGAACAGCGGGCGGGGAGGUUCUCGUUAGAACAGAGUCCAGGGUUCAACAACCCCCAGACACCGACGUCACAAGGGAACAAAUGUGGACAAGAUGAGAAGUCCAGGCCAAGCCCCUCCUCAAACCGGUCGCAGGACCCCUCCAAGACCCCUCAGCGCGACGGCCUCAGCCAGGGGCCGUACGCGCCGGCCUCCUCGGGCUCCUGCGCCAAAAGCAGUUGCAGCGUGGUCAACAGCGCGCCAGGAGGUGUCGAUGACUCUAUGACAGGAAAUAAUGAUUCGACGUUACCGGGCGGCCCCAGCACGAGCCUCCCGGGCCCCUUCCCCGGCCCCUGCAGCAUGAACAGGCCGGACAACAUCCCCAUCAACCCCAACCAGGGCCCCAACGGCCCCAUGACCUCCACCUCCUCCUUCGACCCCAUCUCCUCGCUCGCGCAGAUGUCGCAACAACUCACCAACACCGUGGGUGGAGGAGGCCCCGGCCCCGGCGGCCCCAUGGGGCCUAAUGGGAGCGGGAUGGGGCCUUUUGGAUCCGGGCCGCAUCAUAUGCAGCAUCACCAUUCUAUGCAUCCGCAUGGACAUCCGCAUAUGAUGAUGAAUGAUUUAGGUUGCCACAUGGACAACAUGGGAGGCCCCGGCAUGGGCGGCCCCAUGGAGGGCAUGAUGGGCGGCGACUUCCCGCCAGACAUGAACCUCAGUCCCAAGAUGGGUGCCGGCCCCAUGGGCGGGCCCAUGGGGCCCAUGGGCCCCGACGCCUCCAUGAUGGGGCCCCGGAUGGGGGGCGGCAAAAUGCCCCCGUUCAACGGCGCCAAUGUACAAGUGAAAGCGAGCGCGCCCAACACAAUACAGUAUUUACCCACCAGGCCCCAGAUGCCCUGCAACUCGGGCCCCCGAGGCCCCCCCAGCUUGGAGUUCCUGCAGCGAGUCACUAACCCCAUGCAGAUGGACAGCAGUAAAGGCGUGGCGUACUUCCCGCGGGGCAUGGACAUGGACGGAGGCAUGCGCGGGGUGAUGCGCGCGCCGGGGGGGAUGCUGCGCAUGCCGCACUACCCCGCCGGGUUCAACUCCCCGCCCAAGAUGCCCCAGGACCCCUUCGGCAACCCCGGCCCCAACCCCAUGUGCGGCCCCAACUUCCGGGGCGUCAAGGGCGGCAUGCCCGGGAACGUGAGGAUGGGCAGCGCGCAGCCCCUCCCCCCCUCCAUGGGCGGGCCUGGCCCGGGUUUCAAAGGACAAUCCUUCGCAGUCCCGUCGACGGCGGACCCGAACUACGCGGCGCAGUUCCACAACUUCCAGCAGCAGCUGUACGCGACGGGCUCGCGGGCCGCGCAGCCGCACGCGGGCUACCCGUACGCGCCGAACAAGUGAUGACCAGCCCUGCACCUUGUGUGAUCCCCCCGCCGUGUCGCGGCCCGACCGUGAAGUACUUAACGUUAAAUUAUACACCAGUGAAGAGAGAUCAAAAUAUUUUGUUAGUGAUUUUCGUUCGUAUGAUUGUGAGAUUCGUUAUGAGAUCGGCGAUUUUUUUUUAUUAAUAGUAUUUCACUUAGACACCGUUUAGGUUUCUCGACUGAGCGUGUUUACGGUGGCGUAUGUUUGUACAAAUUGUACAAAACUCUAGGCGUGUUAAUGUGUACUCUUUAUCUAAAUAAUUUAAAAGUACAGUUUUUAGAAUCGUUUUGCUGAUGGCAAUAACUUAGUGGUAGGUUGUUUUGCACACAUGCCGGGUUGACAGCGCAUUGGUUCCUUUACUUAGCUAUUUUAUAUACGAUUCCUAUGCACACAGAUAUCUAGUCAAUUUUGAAAUUAAAUGGAGCCCGGGCCGACCCCGUGUUGAAAUGUAACUUUAUGUCGACGAGAUUUUUGUACCGUCAUUCAUAAACACGUAUACAUUUUUUUACUUAUUGGACUAAAAAAUGCAUAAUUUUAUUGUAUACAUGUUUAUGAACUGAACCGUACGGAGAGCCCGACAGAAUCAUCCGUCCAUGAUAGUUUACAGUAUGAUAACGUAAAGUAUACACUCGUAGAAGAAAUAGCGGAUAAUCCUUAAAUACGAUAGGACUAUCUGAUACUUCUGGCUCAAUUUGACUAAACUGGACUACGAAUUGAAUCUAAGAUUUCAGAAUAAAUUCAAUUCGGAGGUUAGUCGGAUUGACCCUAUCUGCGUGCCUGCUAUACUUGAUCAUUCUGCGUAAUUUCGCGGAUGGAAUUAUUGUUGGGUCCAGCUCCCUCGUUGAUCGGGCUACGGAUCGAUUUCACAUUUUGGUUACUUUUAAUAAUUACAGAAGUACACUCUUAGUAACGGUAUGUUUUGUCCAUUUUAGUUGUAGACUAGUGUAAUUAGAUUUUUAUUAUUUUAUUUUGGCUAUAUCGGCCAGUAACUUUAAAUAAUUAAUGGGAGAUUGACGUUAAAAAUUUUCACUGAUCCUCAACUCAAUUGUCUAAAUUUUAAGGUUCUAUUUUCUUUGACUCGAAAAUGUUUCACGACUUUAGUGAAUAAUCAGCUCAAUGUAUUUUGUUCGUAAGGAGUAGACAAGUUACAAUAUUAGUAGGAGUUGCAUUGCUUCUUAAUCGUUAAAUCUUUACAAUGCGUAUUAUCAUUGUCGUUGGGAAAGAUGGUCCGGUCACCUGCAGAAAUAUCUCAAAGGGUGAAGUGUUCAAAAAUAUACGCGAUAUUGUUAAGAGAGUGUAGAUCAUUUUGAAUACUUCACUCACUUGGCAACUUUUGCAGCUAAUUCCGUGCGAGCUCAUUUUAUCUCACUUUUUCCUAAUAACACGAAAGAGGACGCAAAUAGCAAAACGCUGGCCUUCCCAACGAAAUGAGCCUUCGUUUCAUUUGAUCUGAGCGAUGUUUUUUCUGUCUUCCAAUACCUAUAUAGACUCUUAAAAACGCAAUAAGGAGUACGUUUAAACUCCAUUUAAAUCUAAGCUUGCAAACGCAAGCGUAGUCUUACUUUACUUUUAAUAAAGUACUUAAAAUCUGAUGCCAUAUUAUUUGCCACAUGAAUUUAAUUUUCGUGAUAUUUUUUUUUCCUUAAUUUAUUUCUAAAUCCGUGCGAGUAUUUUUUCGAGGUACAGUUUAGUGUUAGGGCAUAUUGGUAUGCUAGAAUAGUUGCACAUUGUGUUGUCACAGUGGCCUUCGAUCGUAUUGCCUUGUUGAUGAGCAAUCAGUUCCCCAGGCGAGCGCGCCGUACGUGUCCCUCUAGCACGCAUACGCAUAAUACCGUGACCGAAAACAAAUUGUUGUACAGUCAACUGUAAUAAUAUGGAUGUAGAAAUCAUCUCAAAAAUAUGUCUCAUUACUCUUAUGUCAGUGAAUUAAGAACUAUGGGAGAUAUUUUUGAUUAAGUUGUCUACACCCAUAUUUUUACAGUUGACUGUACUAAGGUAAAUGUACCAGAAUUCGAAUACAUCAAUAUUACAUCAUUAGUUGACAUUUUUCUGUUUGUCCCUAUGAUUGACUGGUAGAGAAUGCCACUAGGCAUUAAUUCCGCCUUUUGUACUUUUUUGAUGUGCAAUAAAGUUUAAAAUAAAUAAAUUCGUUGACACUCAAUCUAUUUACAUUUUAAAUUAUGAAUUAUGAAUCCGGAUCAAUUCCGGUGUGUCAGCGAAACAGUGCUAUGUACAGUCAGCAAAACUGAUAAUAUUGCUGACUGUACAUUAUUACAUAUAACGUUGUCUCGGUCACUCACCGGAGCUGCAUGCAGAUGCGCAUCCAAUGUGCUUUUGUAGCUCAAAUAAGGAUAUUUACCUGUCGGUUCUUGAAAAAGUAAAUCUAGUGAAAGACUUAUAUUGAAUGCUUGAACUUGGCAUGUCUGUAAGUUUAGUGGUCUGUGCUAAUAGUCAGUUAGUAGGGUAAACAUACCUAUUGAUGGCAUCAAUGGUGAACGCUUUUAACCUCAUUUCAAGGCCAUAGCAUCUUACUAAAUUUGUGUAGGUACUUUUGAGGUUAUUGAGUCGUGCAAAUAUCUACUUCGGACAUUACCUUUAGUUUGCUAUUUUGACAGUUAAAUAAAAUAAUUUAAAUAAUUCUGAGGCCCAUUUCAUAAAAGCGGUUGUCUGUCUCUUUUCAACUUUCUUUGUAUCACAAUAAGCUUUUACGAAACGAGAUUCUUCAUCAUCAUCAUCAUCAUCAUCUCAGCCAUAAGACGUCCACUGCUGAACAUAGGCCUCCCCCUUUUGGACGACGAGAUUCUUGUUCUUGUUUAAUUAUUUUUUAGUUAUUAGUGAUUGCUAAAAUAGCAGAAAAGAAUAUGUUAAUACUUUAAAAAGGCACAUAUAUUAGUUCAUAAAUACGGCAUAAACCAAGACCUUGUCCUUGUAUUUUACAAAUGAAAAAGUUUCUCAUAAUAAUGCCGGGCGACGGUAUUUUGCCGUUAGUGCAAUAAGUUCACAGUUUUAUUUACAGAAUACUAUUAUUUCUGUAUGUAUAGUUAUUGUGUUAACAGUCGCACAUUGAUGAUUACCUGAUUUACCUGCUUUAUCAUAUCUCGAAUACGACUUUCGUCAUAAUAAUUGUUAAUAAAGAGAAGAAUGUUAUAUGUAUAUGUCGCAUAUAUGGAAAUAAAAUAAUAGAGACCUACGCUAGCGUCUUUUGAGCGUCGCCGUCUAGCGCUAUAGAAAAUGGUGUCGUUGCGCAGUUGCGCUAACGUUGCGUCGAGCAGCAGCCAUAGAGCUGAACUAGACGACGCUCGGGAGACGUUCAUGUGGGAUUUCUUUUGAAUUUAUUAUCUUGCCUACAUAAAUGUUUAUAUUGCGUAUGCUUGCUAGGGGGACGUUAAUGAGGCGUGGCAAUUUUAUGAAAAACUGCACAACAGUCCAGUAAUAAACACCCGCUAGUAACUAGAUAGUGGUUAAUUUAAUUGUAAUUAUAAUAUAAGGUACAAUGGUUCUUGUUUUAGGUUAAGCGAAGAGCAAUGAUAUAACAUAGUUUGUGUAAUAGUGAUAAGAGAUGAAAUUAAGAUGCAAACUAUUGGUUGUGAUUCAGACACAAUUUGUUAAGUUGUUCGUAGAUUUGUCGCAGAAUUGUGGAACCUUACUGACUUCAUGAUAGGACUCUUUUUAUUUAAUUUUGUUUUUUUAGAUAUUUUUUACGUAUCAUUCUCGUUUGUACAUCGCUAACAAUAAUUGUACAGAGUACUUUUGGACUUAAUUUAAGGCAAUAAAUGUAUUUAUUUUAUAACUCAUGAUGUAAGAAUUUAUUCUUAAUUAUUAUAAAAAAAUAUAUGAUAUGCUUGUA